AGCGAGGAGCCUCGGCUCAACCCCAGCUUUGGGGGUUCGGACGACGACCGCGGCUGCAGACCGAAUAACUUUCUGAAUCUUCUUUCUGUCCUUUAUUCAAUUCACAUACACGAAAUCCACUGCAAUGGACAAUUCUAACCUUUUCGGCGUCGAGGGCAAGAUUGUGCUCGUCACCGGCGGUGCCAAAGGCAUCGGCCGCAUGAUCAGCGAGGGCUUCGUCCAGAACGGCGCCACCGUCUACAUAUCCUCGCGCGACGCAAAGGCGUGCGAGCAGGCCUGCAAAGAGCUCAAUGCCCUCGGCAAAGGCAAAGCCGACUUCAUCGCCGCCGACCUGUACAAGGAGGAGGACCUCACACGAAUUGCCGACGAACUGAAGAAGCGAGCCGGCAAGCUCGACGUCCUCGUCAACAACAGCGGCAGCAACUGGGGCGAGCCCUACGACACCUACCCCUCCGCCGCCUGGGACCGCGUGCUGACCCUAAACCUCAAGCGCGUCUUCCAGCUAACCCAGGCGGUAACGCCGCUGCUCGAAGCCGCGCAGACCGCCGCCUCGCCCGCGCGCGUCAUCAACAUCGGCUCCGUCGACGGCCUGCGCGUCCCCGCGCUCGAAACCUUUGCCUACUCGGCCUCGAAGGCGGGGCUGCACCACCUGAGCCGCGUGCUGGCCAGCCACCUGGGCAAGCGCGGCAUCACCAGCAACACGAUUGCGUGCGGCCCGUUCCAGAGCAAGAUGAUGAAGGCCACGCUGGAGAAGUUUCAGGGUGUGAUUGAGAGUGGGAUUCCGCUGGGGAGGAUUGGGCGGCCGGAGGAUGUGGCCGGGACGUGCAUUUGGCUGAGUUCGCGGGCGGGGUCGUAUGUCAACGGGGCGACGAUUGCGUUGGAUGGGGGGAGUGUGGUUGGUGCCAAGCUGUGAGGUAGAAACAGUAGGUUUGUUCCCAUGCGGACACGGUAUCUUUGUGUUGUAGAUCGGCAUGCAGGGCAGUGCAUCUCGUCAUUAAAUGAAGGCACAGACUGGGUAGACCAAUGCGGAAUGUUUGCUAGAUGGUGAAA